CCGGCUAGCCUUAUACUGCAGCUUGCUUCCCCACCUGCUUCAUGAUGACCACCAUUCCAUCUGCUCUGAUACCCUCGCCCCACAGCCGCACAUUAGUCAGUCUGGUGCAGUUCAUUCCGCGGACCCUCUUGACAGCAACCUUGUCAUCCUGUUCGGCGUCGCUCAUGGACUCAGUAUAUAGAAACGUCGCGGAAUAGCUCUUAUUCGAGUCGAGGAAGUCGAGAGGGAUCGACUUGAUGGUCCGCGUCUGCGCCACUCCACUAACAAUCCCGAUGUACCAUGUGUCACCCUUUCGACGCGCAAGCACAGUCAGGGUGCCAAUCACUGAGGGAGGGAGGGCUCGUGUCUCAUCCCAGGUCGUCGGAAUUGCUGCAAUGACAUCCCAAUAACUCUUGCUCAGAAUGACAGAAGGGUUUUCCGCAAUAGUCUGCAAGGGAGAUGUGAACGUCACCAGCGUCGCUACUUGGUGGACCUGCAAAGGACAUCGUUCAAUAGCUAGCUAGGAGAUUUCUACCCGUCCGUGACAGUCCGACCUCAGUGGUGUUGCCUCUUCUGUCCUCUCUCAGUGCCAACGGUGUGUAGUCGCCCGGGCCGCCUGCAGAGAAAUGUAGGCAAACAGCCACCUUUGCCGUGUCUGCUUACAUGGCGGUCACGUGUGUCUACAGCCACCAUACUUGGGAACCUUGUGAAGGUGAGCGCAGCGUUGUGGACCGGUUUCAGCUUGAGAUCAGCCCAAAUCUUGUUUGCCUCAAGCCCCUGACCCGGGCAGAAUGCAGGCACCACAGAGACGAACGUGUCACAUACAUCGCAGAAUCUCUGAGCACGUCCGUCGAGGAUUACCAUGAUUGCUUCUCUUGUGAUUUCAUUUGGGUAGGUCCUACUCUCCCCAGUCGGCUUUUGUAUACCAUGUAAGUUCGUCAUCAGCUCGCGCUUUGCCGCCUCCCUAUUCAAGGCUUCCUGCAGGCGGAUGCUGUCAUACGAUUCACUAUGGAAGAAAUCCACCUUAAUGCCCUCUGCACCAGCCUGCUUCACCGCAUCGAGGAAAUCUCGGAGCUGUCUGAAAAGGGGGUUAUGUGGUAGAGAGGAUGGAAAAUUAAGAUAUCAGCCACUCAUACAGGUGAUCUCUGACUUGUAGUCCUCGGUAGGAUCGGCGAUUUCGUCUCUAUGUUUCCACAGGAAUACGCCAACUCCCUUCGUUCUUGCAUAUGUUGUUAGAUUCUUGACAGUCUCCCAAGCGUGAGGCCAGAACUCCCACCCUGUAGGGGAAGGCUAGGUAUUUGAAACACCUAUUGGAUUAUCUUCUUUCGGCCCUGACCUCUAUCAAUGGUCGUGUAUUCGAAGCCUAACUUCGAUGCCUCGUCGAGAUAUUGAAUCUCACCUGCGGGGCCUAGGACUCCAACUUCACCCUUCUUCUUAUCCCACCAGCUCCAGACAGACCUUCAGAGUGGAUAAGAAGUCAACUCUGCUGUAGAUGGGAGUAAUACCUACCUGCCGGGCUUGAUGUAGCCAGGAAGGUCAGGCAACUUUCCUGAGGUCUUCGAAGAUGCGAACAGGCCUGGAUUCCGGACUUCGGGUGGUGGGCUGAGGUUGGUGAUAAGGUCACUGUUGACGAGUUGGUUGAGAUUUCGGGCUAUUUGAAUGACGCGCCAAGAGGUGGUCAGGGGAAGGGACACUUUCAGGAGAGGCGGCGCUCCAGGGUGGGCCACCCGCGCCAGCUCUGUCCGAAAGCCUUUCGCAUCCGGCAAGGCGACGAUGUGAAACCCUUCCCAAUCGAACAAAGCAGCCUCAUGGAUCGCUCGAUAAGGGUAAGGCACAGACCAUGAGGAAUCCUCAAUCAGCAUCGGCAGUCCGUAGCGGGCCUUGUUGCCUUUCUGUCGGAGGGCUAGUUUCGCUGGGUUCGUCUUCUUGGAUGGACCUGUAUGUGUCUUGAGCUCCAGGUCGGCCCGCUCAUCCUCGCGUUCAUACGUCCACGCCUGCGACACUCGGACGAAGUGAGUCAAACGAAGCCCGUGUACGUCGACGUGAAGGCUCACUCUGUCAGUUGGUGCGAAAUCCAUGCGGAACUCCGUUCCGUCACCCUUGAUUAGUAGCGUCUUGUUUCCUGGUAUUCGAGACCGAAAUGCAAUGCCAUCUUCGUGAAAGACUCGUACGUCAACAAAAUAGCUCAAAUCCUGAAAAGGAAUGCUAUAUGUGAGAGUGAAACAGCUGCACCAUGCCGUCCUACAGUCGGAAUGUGGCGAACGGAGUACGACACCUCCACUGAAUAGCAAGCAGUACCUCGACCAGAUAGCCAUUCAUACGUCCGUGUGAGCAAUGUUCCUUACCGUGAUGGUUGGUAGCCACAGAGUGAUGUCCGAACUUACGAUAGGUCUCACGGACUUCCUUCCUCUUCGACUGGCCCUCGAUUGUAACGUUUCUACCAACGUGCACAUCGCCCUCGAGCAUCAGUCCCAGCGACGAGGGGCUGACAAUUCGCUGUUCUGGGGCAUCGACAUUGUAUUUGAGGCUGUUGCCGUCGCCUUCGUCGAUGAAAACCUCCAAUUGAAACGAACCCCGGCCUGGAGGGUGAAUAAUGUCAUGAAAUGGCAUACUGGCCUUUGCUGCUCCAACCAGCGACAAGAGAGGAAACAGAACCGGGGGGAUCGCUUUCAUUGAAUACAUACGACGGUCUAACUUCUA